GAGCCCCAUGAUUUUUUUUAAAGCUGACUUGUGGUCAAGCUUGACUUGUUUCAGAGUCCAGAGGCAUUGUCCUGCAGCUCACGCACAGUUUAUGUAUAUAUGAUGACUUUCCUUUCUAAAUAAAAUAAAAUGUUUGUGGAGUCAGCAGGAUUUAUUUUUUUCCCUUCAUCUCCAAGAAAGUUUGACGAUGUUUUUCAAAAACUGAGGGUGGCCAAUUGACCCUGUUCAACCUUUCCAGACUCCCCCUCCUCACCUUAGCUGUGAACACAAUGGCAGGUCAGGUGGGGGAUUUUACUCCCACGUCUCACGCUGUCCACGCUUCUCACCUAAGCGACCAUCACGACUCGCACGUGCGUCCUGUGGGAGGUUCCCCUUACCCCCUUAAAUCGUUACGUUAUCAUAAACAGUCCUGCUUCCAGGAGCCAUAAUCACCUCUCUCGGGCUUUGCCGAGACAUCUCAUUGGACGUCAACACGCGACCAGCGCGAGGAGGGGGGCUUCCAGACGCGUGCCGCUUUUUAAACCGACGCAGCGUCUUCAAAACACCAAAGAGGGAGUCACGCACGCGACCGUGACAUUCACACAGCGCGCAGCAUCCCCUAAAAAAAGUUUGUUUGGAGCAUGGAUGUGUUGACUCUGGAGGAUUGGAGCAAUGGCGCACGGGAGGUUGCGGCGCUCAGGGCGCAGCAGCAAAUCUGCGGCAGUCCGGGGACGCAGCAGCUGGAGGAGUCCAGCUACGAAUCUGGAGCCACGCUCGUGGACAGCGGCAGUGACCCACGCGCCUGGCUGGCUCCGGCUUCUGGCACCUGUGAGCCACACGACUACCUGCGGCACUCGCCGUACUCCAGCAGCUGCUCUUACAACGAGGCGGACUCCCCGGGGUCCUCGGGACAUCCAAGCCCUCCCAGCCACAGAAAAUCUGCCAAGAGCCCCUCCUCCCCCUCUCUCAAAGUUAGGGACCUGUGCCGACUGCGUGGCGCGACCGCGGGGGGCAAAGAGGAAGCCUCCGCCAGACACAGAGCCCCCUCCAGCAAGCCCGCCAACGGCAUCCAGAAGCAGAGGAGAGUGGCGGCCAAUGCGCGCGAGAGGAGGCGCAUGCACGGGCUCAACCACGCGUUCGACGAGCUGCGCAGCGUCAUCCCCGCCUUCGACAACGACAAGAAACUUUCCAAAUACGAAACUCUGCAGAUGGCGCAGAUUUACAUCAACGCCCUGGCGGAGCUGCUCCAAGGUCCACCGUCGUCCACGGACAGCUCCAGCGGCUCCCCAGAGCGUGACAUUAUGCUGUCGUCUCCUGAGACGGCGGACAGAGCCCCCGCGUCCUCACGCACGACACCAGCUCCCGCGCCAGUCCCCGGUGCCACUUUACCCGGCGGGAUGCCCUUUCGGUCCCCCUUUGAAGAGAGCUCGUUCCCCGCCAAAGCUGGAGAUGAGACGUCCGCGCCCUCUCCAUCCUCCUCCAUGCGCGCGGCCGCCUCCCACUUCGGCUGUGGAAGCAAAGGGUCCCCACGGAGCGACGGGGAGUUCUCCCCACAUUCCCACUUCAGCGAUUCGGAUGAGAUCGCGUUGGAACUUCACUCCAGUGAAGAAGAAGAUCUUUCAGAACUCAAGCUGCCCAGCCACCAUCACCACACAGUUUCCUUCUGAGCUGUUCAAGCCCCUUCUGUAAUGUUCUGUGUCAAUCAACCACUUUUGCAUUUUUUAAUUCAUUUUCUAAAAAGAAAUUGUCAAAAAUUUGAGUUCUUCAGUUUGUUGCAUCAUUUUUAUACAAUAUAAUUCGGUUCUGCCAAUAAAUUAAUGUUUCAGUUUGAGCCGGAAGACCCCCCUGCCAUGAAAAAAACCGUCUUCCACAUUUAUGCAUCAACUUUUAUGAAUCUAAAAAUAUUGUUUUGUUUGUUUUUGUAAUUUAAAGUUUUUUAUGUUUCAUUUUGCAACUUUAAAAGUUCUUGACGUGCACUUUAAAAGAAACAGCCAAGAGGCUUUAGAUUUGCGACUUUCCUUCCCCUUAAAAACAACAACAAAAACAAAUUCAUUUAGUUUAGUGUAGCACUGCCAUACCUGUAACUUAUUUACCGUAGCCAUCAUCACUUCCGUCUUUUAUAACUUCUUUCACUGGCUGAAAUGAUUCAUAUGCAAUGUAUUUAUUUCUGACACAUUUUCUUUUGUUUUGCUUUUUAUAACUGUUCGUUUUUGCCAUUCUUUGUUAUUUUCAUUUGCUUUUGAGAAUUUUAAAUAAAUUUAAAAUAAAGAAAAUGAGAUUUUUGUCUUUGUCUCUGUUGUAUUUAUGUUUUUGGAUAAGCAAACAACAUCAUCAGGAUUGUUUUAUGGCGAAUGUUGCAGCACUUGUACUUAAAAUAACAUUUAUUAUGAAGAAUUUAGUUAAAAUUAACUUUAUAACCUUUUGCCAAAAAAAACAACUUUUUAUAAUAUUUUUAUUAUUUUUUUGUAUAAUUUGACUGAGAAACUUUAAUAAUUUUAAGACAAACUGUUGGACCAGUCAGCUGAAGUGAUUUAAAUUUAGUUGGACAAACUCAUAACAAUUGCAAUGUUAAGUUUAUUUUUAAUUCGAUUUUUUCACAAAAAAGAAGAGGUAAAAUUCUUAAAAAUCACCUUUCAAAUACCAAAUAACACAAAUUGACAUAAGUUCUCCUACAGCCUUUUUACAGUUACAAUUUUUAGAGUUUGGCAACUUUUUUGAAACACAAAAUAUUUUAAUAACAAGACUGCAAUAACAGAAUCCUAAAACUAUUUAACAUUGUAUUUGCGUUCUUAAAAAAAAAAAAUAUAAAGUCACAUUAUUCGAUAAAGACGGGUUAACGAUUGCAAGGAGACCUUAACUCUUUAACUGCCUGCUCAACUAAAUGGUAAAAUCUAUUUAGAAAACUUGUAGUUAAAAACAUUCGUUUUAUGUAUUACACGAAAAAAGUAGCAAAAAAACGUAAUAUUUUAAAUUGAUCUUGUCUUUCUUGAUAGUUAGGGGGAUAAAAGUUGCUUUGUUUUUAUGUGAAUAUUUAAAAAAUAAAAUACAAAUUUAAAAAAACUUUUAAAAAAGACAGUUUUGAAAAAAAAUGUUUUUAGCGACAUUGAGGUUGAAAAGGCAUUAGCAGGGAAAUUUAUUUCUUUGUUUGUUUAUUUAUUUAUUUUCUCAUAACAAAAGUUUGUCUCCUCCAUUAAAGCUGUCGUUCUUUUAUUUACAAAAAAAAAA